UGAGAGAAAUCUGAGCAUAAACUGGAGGUCAGAUCUGGUCUUCCCUUUGCCACACUUCGCAGCCACAUCAGAAUGGGGCUGGCUAUGAGAGCAGAUGCAGCCUCUGGCUGGGCGAAGCAAGAAGAGAGUCGAUCUAAGGGUUAAAUGGAUCUCGCUCGAUUCCUAGAGAGGCAUCAGUCCAAAAGGCCACCUGACUGCCCCACUGUUGGUCGACGAAAAGGCGGAGUAAAACCGGCGUAAUUAAGAAGAAAGAAACAGGUGGGGCCAUGAAAUCAAUCAUACCUUCUUUGCCAUCUCUUUCUGGCAGAGAGAAAGCAACUUCCGUGCAGCCAGAUUGGCAACUGGUGACCUUUGAGGAUGUUUCUGUUCAUUUCACUGAGGAUGAGUGGGCUCUGCUGGAUCCGGACCAAAGAAGGCUUCACAAAGAAGUAAUGGAGGAUAAUUAUCACAAUGUGGCCUAUCUGGAAGAAUCUGGCAGCAGAGGAAGGGAAGAGAGGAUGCGGGAAGAGCUGGACUCAGCUAUUCCUGAGCCAAUAAAAAGUCUAGACCAUCUAGACUCCACCAAGGCUCGGAUUAGAAGGGAACUGUGGGAAGAAACCAUGCAAAAGACUCUGGAAGACAACAACAUCCUCCCUCCAGAUGUUCUGUGCCAGCAAUUCAGGCGGUUCUGCUACGACAAAGCUCAGGGGCCUCGAGAGGUUUGCCGCCGACUCCACCAUCUUUGCCAACAGUGGCUGAAGCCAGAAAGGCACAGCAAAAAGGAGAUGCUGGACCUGGUGAUCCUGGAGCAGUUCCUGGCUGUCCUGCCCCUAGAGAUGGAGAGCUGGGUCAGGGAAUGUGAGCCGGAGAGCAGCUCCCAGGCAGUGGCCCUGGCAGAAGGCUUCCUUCUGAGUCAGGCAGAGGAGAAGAGGCAAGCCAAACAGAAGUUGGGUCUAUCCAUGAAGAUGGAAGAUAAGUUGGAAAGAGGUCCGUUGGAGGAAGGGCAACUGUGCCAGGCCCAGGAAUGUGCCCAAGAUGCCCUCUCACCUGGCAGUGAAGAGGCAGUGUUGAUCCGUUCUCCUUGUGGAGGUGUGGAAACAGUUGCUGCUCCUCCAAUCCAGUCUCCAGUUUCCUUUAAGGAGGUGGCCAUGUGUUUUACUGAGGCAGAGUGGGCCCUGCUGGAUCCAUACCAAAGAACUCUCUACAGGGAAGUUAUGCUGGAGAACUACAGGACUGUGGCCUCUCUGGGAGCCAGAAAUGUAAGAGAGAUGGUUAUGGAAACAGACAAAAAUCUGACAUCCAAAGAAAUGCUGGAGAGUUUCUCAAGAGGAUGGAAAGAGAGUACUUCAUUCCCAGAUGAGCUGGCUGCAAGAGCCAGGAAUAUAAGAGAAACAGACACAGGUCUUGCAUCCAAAGAAACGCUGGAGAGUUUCUCAAGAGAAUGCAAAGACAGUAUUUCAUUCCCUGAUGUGCUGGCUGGAACAAUUCACAUAGAGGAGAGCACUGGGGGAUUCCAGGGGUUCUUUUUGGAAAAAUCUAAGAAUGAAGACUACAAAGAAAACUUCAUCGAUGCAGAAGAAUCACAGAAGCGGGUGGGAAGCCACAUGGACAACAGGAGAGAUAAGCCCAUUCAAUCCCAAGGAGAUGAUUUCUAUGCAAACUCACUCAAAGAAGAAGGGUCAACUAAAACAAAAAGGAACGAGGAUGUCCAUGCUGACCACAGAAUCUUCUCCAGGAAAAAUGAAAGUGUGGCCUUUGGAGAGGCCUUUAGUCAGAACAUGAGUAUCAUUUCCAAGAAGAAAUUUCCUGUACAAGAGAGACUGUAUGAUUUCAUGGAGUGCGGGAAUAUCUUUAGUCAGAAAUCAGCCCUUACUUCACAUCAAAGAAUUCUCUCAGCAGGGAUAGAAAAAUGGAAUGAGGGAGAUGAGGAAGUGCAUCAGCUACUCUUAGACAAAGUCAAGAAUGAAGAUUUGAAAGGACAUGUCAGGAAUCAAGAUGGAUUGAAGAAAAAGAAAGAAAGUCAAGUGGUCAAGAAGAGGGGUAAACCCAUUCCUGCCCAAGGGCAGGAUUUCUGUGAAGUAAUCCACAUGGUAGAGGAAGCAUAUACGUGCUUGGAGUAUGGAAUGAACUCAGAUCAAAACCAAUAUGAGAUCCAUUUGCAGGUGCACAGUGGAAAGGAGGUCCAUCAAUGCUUGGAGUAUGGAAAGAACUGUCCUUACAGAGCAGAGAUCCUUAGGCAUCAAAGAACACUUACAGAAGAGAAACCUUACAGCUGCUUAGACUAUGGCAGGCACUUCUCACAGAAAUCAGACCUUGUUCAACACCAAAGAAUUCAUUCAGGAGAUAAAUCAUUGGUCUGCUUAGAUAGUGGAAUGACCUUUUCUGAAGGAAGAAAGGGUAAUGUACAUAUUCCAAAGCACAGUAUAAUGGAGGCUCACAAAUGCUUUCGCUGUGGAAAGUAUUUUAAAUAUAGAUCACUACUCUUUAUGCAUCAAAGAACCCACACAGAGGAGAGACCUUUUGAAUGCACAGAGUGCGGAAAGAGGUUCAGUCAGAGUAACCAUCUUGCACAGCAUAUAAUAAGACACACAGGGGAGAAAGCUUUUGAGUGUACAGAGUGUGGAAAGAGAUUCAGUCGUAGUAGCAAUCUUAAAAUGCAUCAAAGCACACAUAUGAGGGAGAAAAUAUUUGAAUGCUCAGACUGCGAUAAAAGAUUCAGUUGUAGUAGCCAUCUUCAACAGCAUUUAAAAACCCACAUGGGAGAGCAACUUUUUGAAUGCUUAGAAUGUGGAAAGAUAUUCAGUUGCAUUGGCAGUCUUCAAAAGCAUAAAAGAACCCACACUGGGGAGAAACGUUUUCAAUGCUCCGAGUGUGGAAAGAGAUUCAGUGAGAGUAGCCAUCUUCAAAGGCAUGAAAGAACCCAUACAGGGGAGAAACCUUUCAAAUGCUCAGUAUGUAGAAAGAAAUUCAGUCAAAGCUAUCAUCUUCAACUGCAUCAAAGAACCCACACAGGUGAGAAACCUUUUCACUGCUUAAAGUGUGGAAAGAGGUUCAGUCGGAGUAACAAUCUUCACCAGCAUCUAAAAACCCACACAGGGGAAAAACCAUUUGAAUGCUCAGAAUGUGGAAAGAGAUUCAGUCGGAGUGGCUAUCUUCAUCAGCAUCUGAAAACUCACACGGGGGAGAAACUUUUUGAAUGCUUAGAAUGUGGAAAGAGAUUCAGUUGGAGUAGCAAUCUUCACCAGCAUCAAAGAACCCACACAGGCGAAAAACCUUUUGAAUGCUCAGAGUGUGAAAAGAGAUUCAAGUCAGUAUCACAGCUCCUUUUGCACCAAAGAACCCACACAGGGGAGAAACCUUUUGAAUGCUCACAGUGUGGAAAUAGAUUCAGCCGGUAUUCCCAUGUUCAACAGCACCAAAGGACCCACACAGGGGAGAAACCUUUUGAAUGUGCAGAAUGUGGAAAGAGAUUCAGUCACAUUUAUAGUCUUCAAGAGCACCUAAGAAUCCACACAGGGGAAAAGCCUUUUGAAUGCUCAGAGUGUGGAAAGCGAUUCAGUCAGAGCAGAAGCCUUCAACAGCACCAAAGAACCCACACAGGGGAGAAACCUUUUGAAUGCACAGAAUGUGGAAAGAGAUUCAGUCAGAGGAGUAGUCUUCAAAAGCAUCAAAGGACCCACACGGGGGUGAAACCUUUUGAAUGUUCUGAGUGUGGAAAGAGGUUCAGUCAGAUUGGCCAUCUUCAAGUACAUCAAAGAGCUCACACAGGAGAGAAACCAUUCGAAUGCUCAGAGUGUGGAAAGGGAUUCAGUCGGAGUAGCAGUCUUCAAAGGCAUCAAACAGGCCACACAGGGGAGAGACCGUUUGAAUGCUCAGAGUGUGGAAAGAGAUUCAGGCAGAGUAGCAAUCUUCAGCAGCAUCAAAGAACCCACACCGGGGAGAAACCUUUUGAAUGCUUAGAGUGCCGAAAGAAAUUCAGUCUGAGUAGCAGCCUUCAAAAACAUCAAAGGACCCACACGGGGGAGAAACCUUUUGGAUGUUCAGAGUGUGGAAAGAGAUUCCGUUACAGCGGACAUCUUCACACACACAAAAGAAUCCACACAGGAGAGAAACCUUUCAAAUGCUCAGAAUGUAGAAAGAGGUUCAGUGAUAGUAGCAGUCUUCAAAAACAUCGAAGGACCCACACAGGGGAGAAACCUUUUGAAUGCUCAGAGUGUGGAAAGAGAUUCAGUCGGAGUGGCCAUCUUCAAGUUCAUCAAAGAACCCACACAGGGGAGAAACCUUUUGAAUGUUCAGAGUGUGGAAAGAGAUUCCGUUACAACAGCAAUCUUCAUGCACACAUAAGAACCCAUACAGGGGAGAAACCUUUUGAAUGCUCAGAGUGUGGAAAGAGAUUCAGUUGUAGUGGCAAUCUUCAUAGCCAUCAGAGAACCCACACAGGGAAAAACGUUUUGAAUGUUCAGAGUGUGGAAAGAGAUUCAGUUGGAGUGGCAGUCUUCCAAGGCAUCAAAUAGCCCACACAGGGGAGAGACCUUUUGAAUGCUUAAAGUGUGGGAAAAGAUUCAGUGUGAGCAGCAGUCUGGCACAACAUCCAAGAACACACAUAUAGGAUAAGCUUUUGGAUAAACAUUAACUUUUACAUAGAGAAGUGGGCUUCUGUUUUAAUGUGCCCCUUCCCAGAAGGGCAUUAACUGGAGAAUUCUCCAGUUACAACCUUCUGUAUUUUACACAACUAAAUUUACAUAUAAAUGUAAAAAAAUGUGUUAUCAGCAAGACACAAAAUUCAACACGGAAUACUUAAGUUAAAAAAAUACCCAAUAUUCCCAUCCCAGUUUCCACAAGCUCACGCCUCACAUAAUGGCAAGCUUAUCCUGCUUGUGAGUUCUUGGAUGUUGUGUUCCAAGAUGUUGUGUGAGUUCAAAAUCACAGCUUCACAAAUUACUGCAGAACUGUAACUAAAGAGGAAGUCUUUUCUGAGGCCACCACCUCCGUCACUGUCAGACAGCUAAUUCCAUCAGAUGGACAAUCAGAUUCUGAGGCAGUUGCCUUAACAAAACUCUUAAUGUUGUUAGAAGUGAAGGACUUUAUGCUGUUUCCUGCCUCAAUGACGGAGAAGGACUUAUUAGUCCUGACACUUACUGAGUCAGAUAGCUAGAGGGGGUCAAGACUCUGGCACCUUUUUCUGCCACUCUGCCGCUAUCCCUUUGAUGUGUAGAUUGCUACUCUCAGGGAAGUUCCUUCCUUCCUGCUGCUUCUCCUCUCACCACCAUUCUUACACACGCCUUCCAUCUUGCACCAUGUGUGCAGAAUGAUGCAGACAGCAUCUCUCACCAUACAGCUAGAUAGAUUAGAAUGGAGAAUCUAUCUCUUCAGUUUUCUAUCCAGAAUGGAGUUCACUAAUAAAGACUCCUCUUAUUAGUUAGAAACUACGAAUUGACUCCCAAGUAUUCUUUAUUGCCAGUGCAUGCCUGGGGAAGCUCUGCUGUAUUUUGCUUCCAUUCACUCUGCUUGUAAUACAAAGGUAUCUCUUACCAGAGAGAAUUACUAAUAAAUGUAGCCUCAGGAUUGUAA